CAAAAUGUUACGUCCAAAUAUUUUAAUUGGACUAUGUAUUUUGUAUGGAACUGUUUUGACAGAGCAUACAGUGUCUCAUGGCGAAUUACAUCAUUAUAAUUCAUCCGUGACUGAUCAUGCUUCACGAGUUCGAAGAUUUGGUUUCACAGUAAUAGAUGAGAUACGUCGAAAUUUUUGUCACUCAUUUUGUACAUCUGCAGAUACUAUGCCAUAUUUAUUUAAUGUUUUGUGUGCUGCGAAAUGUCCUGAAUUGUAUUUACCGCAUCGUACGACAACAGAAAGUACAACAACAAAUACCACAUUAUCUACACCAGCAGUUACAAAUUCUACGUCUCAGCCCGUACAAGGUUCAAAUUCUACGUCUCAGCCCGUACAAGGUUCAAAUUCUACGUCUCAGCCCGUACAAGGUUCAAAUUCUACGUCUCAGCCCGGAUCAAGUUCGUCCACAGGGUCCUCGACUGUAUCAAGCUCGACCGUAACGACUAUGACUACAUGAAGCAGUCAGCCUUGAUCAAAUUCCAUCACAAAAUCCUCGACCAUGCCAAGCACAAACACAACGCCUCGAUAUAUGUAUAAGAUUAUGAACCCAUACAAAUGAAAAGUAAAUGAUCUAUCAGAAUAGAAAAAAGUUAACAAUAUGAACGUAAUACAAAAUUUUAUAACAAUAAAUACUAACAACAAAUUCUAAUACGAGAUUCUUAACAAUAAAUAUGAAAAUAAAUGAAA